GACAGAUCCCACGUUGACAAACAGCUGCAGUUGUUUCCAAAAAAGUAUUGGGUAUCCAGUAACUGCCGAGCCAAACUACAUAUUUGACUCACUACAAUCCAGGCGAGCUCGCACUCCAGCUUGGCGUUCAGUGUGGUUCAGACGCUCCCAUCGUUUCUUUCAGUUUCUUUUGUUUUUGGUUUUGCGCGGACACCGCCGACACUAAGCAGCCAUGGAUGCCAUCAAGAAGAAGAUGCAGAUGCUCAAGCUCGACAAGGAGAACGCCUUGGAUAGAGCUGAGCAGGCCGAGUCAGACAAGAAAGCAGCUGAGGACAGGAGCAAACAGCUUGAGGAUGACCUGGUCGCACUGCAGAAGAAGCUGAAGUCAACUGAGGAUGAGUUGGACAAGUACUCUGAAGCCUUGAAGGAUGCCCAGGAGAAACUGGAACUGGCUGAGAAGAAAGCCACAGAUGCUGAGGGUGAUGUAGCUUCCCUGAACAGACGUAUCCAGCUGGUUGAGGAGGAGUUGGACCGUGCUCAGGAGCGUCUGGCCACGGCACUGACCAAGCUGGAGGAGGCCGAGAAGGCUGCUGAUGAGAGCGAGAGAGGCAUGAAGGUCAUUGAGAACAGGGCAAUGAAGGACGAGGAGAAGAUGGAGCUGCAGGAGAUCCAGCUGAAGGAGGCCAAACACAUUGCAGAGGAGGCUGACCGCAAAUACGAGGAGGUGGCCCGUAAGCUGGUGAUCAUUGAGAGUGACUUGGAACGUACAGAGGAGCGCGCUGAGCUGUCUGAGAGCAAAUGCUCUGAGCUUGAGGAGGAGCUGAAAACCGUACAGAACAACCUGAAGUCUCUGGAGGCUCAGGCAGAGAAGUACUCACAGAAGGAGGACAAGUACGAGGAGGAGAUCAAGGUUCUUACAGACAAGUUGAAGGAGGCUGAGACUCGUGCUGAGUUCGCUGAGAGAUCAGUCGCCAAGCUUGAGAAGACCAUUGAUGACUUGGAAGCUAAAUUUUUACACCCCUCACCUCAGAAGCUGGUUGAACGUCAUCAUCUCUCUCCUGUGCAGCGCAGCCCGACUUUCUGUCUCUGUAUUUCCUUACUGCCCCGUCACUUCUGCACACUGGGCUGUCGCUGCCGCCAUCCAUUUGUUCAUCUCUCAUACAGACUUUUGAGCCGUAUUGCUUUGUUUAAAAUAAACAUUCUUCCAUCUAUGCCAGCCCUUCCCCCUUUCUCCUGCAAUGUUUCUUCAUUUCCAUUUGUCCUAUCUUUUUUUUUUGUCUUAUGUCUUUUUAAUUUGUUUUGUUGAGUAGCUUUUGAAUAAACUCUUAAGGCUCCCCUCCCAUUCACUGUUCCUUUUUCUGUUGAGAGGACAGAUUUGUUAUAAUGGCAGUAUUAGGGUGUUAAUUCUCUUAUUUUUUAACCGUCUAGUGAUCACGGGAAAUACAACAGGUGUCCUCUGUUGUCCUUUCAAAUUAGAAGAAUAUGGUAAAAUAAGCAGCUGUUGUGAUAGGUUACCCGCUUUGAUAGACAGUUUAUUCGGCCAUUUGUGCAGCUGCUUUAUGUUUUGUAAUUGAAAGUUUCACAAGCUAAUAGCUUGAGCACACUUUGGUAGCUAAAAUGAUGAACUGCGUCACCAGAGACACUGACUCAAACCUCUUAACGGUGAUCUUUAGUGGCUCAUCCUCCCUGAAAGAUUCAAUGUGUAGGAUUUGGAUGGAUAUAUUGGCAGCAAUGGACUAUAAAAUGCGUUUGUUUUUUGUGUAUAAUCACCUAGAGAUAGGAAUAUUAUUGCUUUAUUUACCUUGGAAUGAGCUGUUUAUAUCUACAUAGGGCCACUAUGUUUCUACCGUAGCCCAAAAUUGAACAAAGCAAACAACGGCUCUAGAUAGGGCAGUUUGCAUUUUCAUGUCAGCCACCGUAGUUAGUAGCCUUUCCAUGAUGAGUGUUGAAAAAACACUUGAUUUUUAAAACGGUGAAACUGCUUGACUCAGUGUGUUUACGGGUCCAUUUAUUUCGUAAAGGAAGAGGCUCACAACCCUCCUGAACAUCCUAAUCUUAAAUUAUCAAAGAAAGGUGAACACACAUUAUUAGGUGCUGGGCUAACAGCCUGUCUGCCAUGUCAAACUGCAUCAGAGAAAACACAGUUUUUUAAUGUGAAAAAGUAGUAAAAACCUCCUGAACAAUCAACACCAAAGGAAUUCUAACCAGGAGUUGACGCUGGGCUCAUGGGAGAAGUUUCAGCUGGUUGCAAUCUGCAGUUCUCUCCACUAGAUGCCACGAAAUCUCUCACACUGCUUCAUUAAAGAACGGAAGCUCCAUUUUAAUUUUGGCUAUACCUCCUUUGAAAUUAAUUUUAGCUUUGCAGUUUCCAGAAUGAUUAGCGUAACCUCAGUCGCUACGCAGAAAGUCGUUGUCUCUGAGUCCGGAUUAUGAAUUGGUCAUUUACGUAUAGUCUUAUCUUCAGGCUGUCCUUCAUAUCAGGGGAACAGAACAGUGAUUUCAGUAAAGGCUACCGCAAGCUCAAAAGCAACCAAAAGAAUAAUUAGUAGGCGAUGUUGCCAUGGUAACCAGGAAAGCAGGUUGAUGACCACUUGUAAGACCUUUUGGAAAUGUAAAUGAAAGAAAAAUGGAGUAAGUUAUUGCUUUAGUUUGGCGUCCAUGAGAUCAGCAGUUCAACAGCUUGAGUACAAAGUUGACGCUUCUGUGAUUCACUUUAAAGCAGCACUAACUCUUUUUGUCUUUUGUACUAACCUGCCUUCUGUCUCUUUCCCUUUUCUCUUUACCUGCUUUCUGACUGUCAAGACCAUCUAUACAAGCAGCUUGAGAAAAACCGCCUUCUGACCAAUGAACUGAGAGUAGCCUUAAACGAGGCCUAAGCUGGAAAGGGCUCUCGUACGCUUCCAUUCUUCUGAAUCUCAAAUGUCCAGGCAUAUUGUCUAAUGCUGUGAUAUAGAAAAAGUAUAGACAACAGUGUCUAUGACACAAAGCUUAAACCAAGUAAUGGUUUCAACAAAAUGGGAAUACAAUGUAAGAUUUUCACAUUAUGCAUGCUCCAACUGCAGUUUCAGACGGGAGGUCGGACAGCCUCGCUAUAUGAAAAGCUGGUGUGUUUACUCAGAUAUGGACAGGGCUGUAGCACUUCAGUUGAAAUCGGCAUGCUGCUGUUGCUCAUGGGAUGAAGGCUGUGAGGUCACCUCUGACCAACAGCUGGAGAAGGCUGAGUGUGCUGCAAGGGGUCCAGAGAAUGCGUUGAAAAUCCUCGAAUCCCUCUCUGUGAUGUUAUAAUUGCUAAUGAGUCUUAAAAAAGGACGAGUAUGAAUCCUUAAAAAGUCUUAAAGGCAUUAAAUAAAUCCAUCUAAAAAAAAAAAAAAAAAGUCCUCAAUUGGCAUAAAAAUGUCUUAAAUCAAUCUUUAAAGAGUGUUAAAAAUGCUAAGACAUAGGAGAAGGAUACUAUGAAUCAUUGAAAAUCCUCCCCCCAAAAAAACCAAAAAAUGGUAAUAUCUGUUUUUUAAAUAAUUUACUCGCCUCUCACAUUAAUGUCACACAGAUCAGGAUAGAAGAAGAACCACGCCAAGUUUGACCUUUUAACUUUACCAAAAGAAGUCGUGCUUUAUGUUGCAUUAACCUUUGGCUGAAAUUGUCCCUAACCCUGAGUAAUUUGUUCAUGUUUUUUUCUCUCAGUGUUGGUUAUUGCAAAAUUAGUUUUAAAUUUAAUUAGCAGUGGAAUUAAAAAUGUCUUAAAAAGUCUUAAAUCUAAGUUGCCUUAAGCUGUAGGUUAUAAGAUGGGAGUCUGAAACCAAACUGCCCUUUAUUUCAGUGCUCAUGCAGAUUUGAUUUGCUCUCUUGUUGCUUGUUGGAGUUUUUCUAUCUGUAGCAUUUCAGUCAGGACACGCCAAUGUUUUCACCUUUUUUAAAAAAUAAAUAAUAGAUGUAAUUUUCUUGAUAGACUGCCCCUGAUCUCGCAGUGAGUAUGAACACGCUGAACAAACCUUCACUUCAGUUGAAAUAGAAACACAGGGUGAAGGAGUAUAUUUUGGUGUGAAGCCACAAGGAUGCAGAGCAGACUACUGGGACAUUUUGAGGGAAUUCACACGCCAUAUUUAUUUAUACGAGCUGGCUAGUUGUUAGAGAUAGGAUAGGUUGUAGUCGUAAAUGAAAAUGUGCCUGUUUGAUAACAGAGUUGUGAUCGGACAAACAUCAUCAGGGGUAGUUGUGGAGGGAAAUAACCUGUGAAAUAUUAAUGGGGAGAGUUUCCAUAGAGAUCUCUAGUUUGGAGUUAAAUCGGUGCUCACAGUUCUUUUCUUGAAUGACCUGACACUGCUUGAAGAGGAUGCUUCGACUUGAUACUCUCAGACAUGAGCAAUGUUUAGAACCAUUUCCAAACCGCAGACCUGGCAAAGCACAAUUCCUUUGUCCUAAAACCGGCUCACACAGUCUUGACUACAGCCCUGUCUAUAGCUUGAGUUUAAUAUUUACAGUGAGUUGGCUCACACUAUCAGAGUAGUAGAUAUGUGCAUACUUAAAGAAUGCAAACUGCUGUUAUCGAAUAUAUUACGGUGAGUUUUCUCACACUCAUAUGGUUUUUAACAACAUCCAGCACACGUCUAACACUGUUUUCCUGGGCUAGAGCUUUGUCUGUUUUAUAUUCUGUGCAUCUUUGAGCUGUUAUGAUUUUUAACCGAUGCAAUACUGU